GAUGUUAUUAUUAUUAAUAAUAUUUAAUGUUUAAUGUUUAUGAGAUAAAUAUAAAUAUAGUAGGUAGAUACUAGAUACAAGGUACCUUUAUUAUAAAAAAAAAUUUUUCAUUCACAAGAACAACGUUUUAAUGUUUUAUACAAUAAUUCUAUGCACUACGUAUUAUUGCACUCCGCUUACAUGCCGUCGAUGGUCUACGAGUAUUAAGACGUACGUGGUUGACAAUCCUGGACGAAACAUUAUUUAAUAACUACUGCAAACAGUAGGUUGUAAUUAUUGCAAUUAUUUUUUGUGAAUAUUAUUGUACAAUGUCCGGUUCGCUAUCGGCCGUUCCGGCCAAACCAGACGUGCCAUAGGGGCAUAGAUACACUUGAUAAGAGACAUGAACAACGGCGAAGACGAACUGCACCGACCUGGUUCAAGCCGUGGAGGGCUAUCUGAUCAGAAAGAAUCAUCCAGAUUGAAUAACAACGUAGCACACAGCUAUGAUGGUCCUAAUACUGAAAGUUGUCUUGAUUGUGAUACCCCUGAACAACAUGAUCACAUGAUCGCUGCCAGUUUAGUGCGUUGUGACCAAGAAGAUAGUGAUUCGGAUAACGAUUCUUGUAUUUAUACUUAUCGUGGCGAUCGGCAAGAGCCGGCAGUUGAAAACUUACCCAUGGAUGAUAGAAGUACAUCACCUUUGAUGGAUUACUUAGAAAUGGACUUUGAACCUGAACCAACUGUUAACAAUGUAUCUGAAGACGAAGAGAUCACUGAACCAAUGGCUAAUGAUACAAAUGGUACAAUGCUGUUAAUUAAAGACAUUUUGACUACUUGUUCCGAUGUAGGUCCUAAUCUACAAGAAAAUCAUCUUACUGAUACAAAUAGUGUAAUGCAUGAGCCAACCAAUCCAAACCUAAUCCAUCGAUUGCCAAUACAGAGUUCAAAUGUACCCACUCUACAUUUUAGGACUCUUAAUACUAAUUUUCCUAUCUAUAAAGAAGAACAACGUAAUGGUUGUAUGAGACGCAAUUCUGAUACAACGGAGGUGUGUCAAAAAAUGAAAAGAAUGCGUGUUGAUGAUUUAACUUGGGUUAAAGAAAUGGUAUGGUCAGAAAAAGAGGCAGCUCAGCUUCAAGUAAACCAAAUUGGUGUAUCAGCGUGUGGGGCAACUGCAGUUGUAAAUACUUUGCUGGCUCUAAGGACACAAUUCAAUUUAGACCGUAUAGUUCAAAUUAUUGGUACCCGUUUACGUGACGAGACUGCUCCACUUGUUCCCUAUUUGGAAUCUCGAGCUGUAGCUGGUUGCAUGCCCCACGAUUUGGUUAGAACUUUGGAAAUUGCAACAGAUUCACAAGUCAGUGCUAGAUUUUUUGCUACUAAUCAAUACUUGGAUUUACCUCUAGCUCCAUGGCUUGCAGCUUGGAUAAAAAAAGGUGCUGUUCCCAUAUUGACAUUAAACCUUCAACGUGCAGAUGUACCACCUUCUCUUGUGCCAGAUAGUUGGCACCAUCAAAUGGUUUAUGGGGUAUCGUACAAUCCUUUAUAUCCAGAUUUCGCUCAAAUUUAUUUAACAAAUCCACUGAGCAUAUCAUACAUGGAGUCAUUAAUCCCACAGUUAUUUUCUCCAUCUUCAUUGAUGAUUAAAAGAGCUGAUAUUUUAUCCAGGUGGACCCCUCAAACAGAUCUCAUGUCCUUGGCCACACAUCCUAGCCGACAUUGGCAUAGAUUUAAUGUGUUAGGACAAGUGGUAAAUCUUUUACGUGAAGAAAAAGAAAAUGUCAAAUUCACUAAUCAUAUUGUCAUACCGGCUAAUUAUAAAAGUGGUAUAACUUUAGCAAUGAAGUCAUCAUCAAAUUAUAGCCAUGAAUUGAAAUCUGUGCCAGAAUUAUAGAUAAGUACCAUGAAAUAAAGGUAUUUAUUAUGUUUAAAUAAUAAUUAACAACUGUCAAGAUAUUUUUCAUAAUAUUUGAAUGAAAGUUAAAUUGUUUUAUUUGUUUUAUGUAUUUUAUUGUAUAACCAAUAUUUGAAUAUAAUAACAUUUCAUAAAGAUGUAAAAUAAAAUAAUAAUUUUUAAGCCAAUCAAUGUUACCAACAAAAUAUUAUUAGUGUAAUAUAUUUUAUGUUUAUAAAAAUGGUGUGGUUAACUAAGAUUGACAGAAAAAAACAAUUCUGAUUUCCGACAUUCAACUGUAAACUCUAACAGAAUGUAAUCCUUUCAAGUAUACAAAAUAAACAUUUAUAUUUAUUAUGGACUGAAAAUGAAAUGUUAAAAAUAUAGCAUUAAAUUAAAUUAUGAUGUUUAA